AUGUCGAUAAAACUUUCUGAGCUCUUACCGGCACCAUCGGCAUCUAAUGAUGAGUGGUCAAACACGCGCAAGGACCCGUGGUUUCGUGGCAAAGAGGAGGCACUGGUGAGCAGUCGUGCACCUUCGACAGCUUUGGUCAUUCGAGAACCUCCACCGUACGGAAAGCGUAAAGGAUGGACACCUCGUUCUCCUGAAGAUUUCGGUGAUGGCGGUGCCUUCCCAGAAAUUCACGUUGCCCAGUUCCCGUUAGAUAAGCUUAUUCCAGGAAUGGGUAUUGACAUACAACGCAAGUCAGGCUCAGACAAAACGAUCGCGUUGCAGUAUGAUGCCGAAGGAAAAUUGCGGCAUGAUGCAAUUGCGCGCAUCGGGCAUUCUAAGGAUAAGAUCGUCUACUCAAGGUUAUCCGAUAUGAAAUCGAAAAUAGUUGAUGAGGAAGAUGAAUCGUUCCAACGGCCAGACGAAGAAUCAAUUGCAGAAAAAACCGAAGCAACGCGUUUAGCACUGGAGAAGAUCACUGCCUCGAAAGUGGCCAGUUGUCUACCGGUUCGACACGCUGAAAGGCAAGCACCCAUACAAUACAUUCGAUACACACCAAGCCAACAGGGUUCAGGCCAUAACAGCGGUGCGCAACAACGCAUUAUUCGUAUGGUUGAGGAACAGAAAGACCCUAUGGAACCACCGAAAUUCAAAAUCAAUCAGAAGAUUCCACGAGCGCCACCCUCACCACCAGCUCCCGUGAUGCAUUCACCGACCAGAAAGACUACCGUAAAAGAGCAAGCUGACUGGAAAAUUCCGCCGUGUAUUUCGAACUGGAAGAAUCCGAAAGGUUAUACUGUGGCGCUGGAUAAACGUCUUGCUGCGGACGGUCGUGGAUUGCAGCAGGUGCACAUAAAUGAGAAUUUCGCAAAAUUGUCUGAAUCGCUGUAUUUGGCUGAUCGCACGGCUCGUGAGGCAGUUGAGACGCGUGCACAAAUGGAACGUCGUGUUGCACAGAACAAGAAGGCUGAACAAGAAGAAAAGAUGAGAUUAAUGGCACAAAAAGCUAGACAAGAACGUGUCCAGAUGAAGAAGGCACAUGAGGGUGAAGGCGCUAAUGAGGAAGCCAAGGAAAGGGAACAAAUAAGACGCGAUCGGUUGGAUCAACAUCGUCGCGAACGCAAUAUAGCUCGUAGUAAUCCGGAUAAAUUGGAACGUUUGAAACGAGGCAAAGAACGGGAUAUCAGUGAGAAGAUUGCACUCGGAUUGCCAGACUCUCGCGCACGUAACACAGAAACUCAAUUCGAUCAGCGACUGUUCGAUCAGACUAAGGGUUUGGAUAGUGGUGGCAUCGACGACGAAACAUACAGUGCAUAUGAUAAACCGUGGCGUAAAAACCUCGAUAAGGAUGUGUAUGGUGAUGACCUGGACCGAAUAAUCAGUACGAAUCGUUUCGUGCCAGAUAAAGGAUUCAGUGGUACGGAAGGUGGAACGACGCGUACCGGAGGACCUGUUCAGUUUGCGUUUGAGUUGACAACAUACGAGUUCAGCAGCCAGAGAAUGAACGUGUCAGUGAUCGACGAAAAUUAUGAUGCGAAACUUUUAGCUUUGUUAACUUGCGUUGAAUGUAAGCCACACAAUGAACGCAUAGCGAUUGCGAAAACCAAAGCAAUCAGUGAAUCAGUUGAUUUGAGUUCGAUUUUCGAGAAAGACGAAGAAGAUCUGUUCGGGUUGGGUCAGUUGCUGCAGUCGGCAAAGGAGGUGCGAAAGCGAGGUGCUGAUGGUGACGAAGGGUCGUCGAGUAAAAAACGGCGUUGA